AUGGAAGAAUUAGGCAGCAACAACAUCCAGAAGCGGGUCAGGGAUGAUGCCUCCGAGUACGAGCUGGACCCACCGGAGGCGAAGAGGCUCAGAGAUGAUUUGUUGUCGAGAUUUCUCGAUGAAUCGGAUCCCGACCCGGCUAUUGAAGACCUCGACUCAGUAAUGAAGAGCUUUCAAGAAGAAAUUUCCGCUCUCUCGGACUCGACGGUAGAGAUUGUCGAUGUGACGUCGUCAGAUUCCGGUGAUUCCCAGCCGAAUCUUGGUUUUCUUCUAGAAGCUUCUGAUGACGAGCUUGGACUACCGCCUUCUAGUACUCUUUCAUUUGAAGAGGCUAAAAUUGAAGAAGCUAAUGAGUUUGUUCGGGUUUCGUAUGAGUCGUCCGAAGUCGGCGAUUUGUGGGCGUUUGAAGAUCAUAUACCGAGUUAUGACUCGUUUGAGCUGGGAAUUAGUGACAUUGAUAAUAUCGGGGAAUACGUUGGGUUUGAUGGUGGGCUGUUCGAUUAUUCAAAUGUAUUCUUGGAUUCGUCGGAUUAUUCCGAUUUCUCGUGCAGAUACGAGACUUAA